AUGCCAAAUAAUGUGGCAGCUCCACAAACCCAUUCACGUUUGACUCCAUUGAACACUGAACUUUGGUCGUACUGCUGUACUCGCUGGUUCUUGUACUCUAUGAUGCAUAUUUAUCUUCGAAGGAGAAACAAUGGUCACAACAGAGUUUGCGGAAAGUUGGAUGUUACUAAAUCAUGGAUUCUGAAGAGAAUUUGCAAGAGCAACCAGUGGCGGCACCGCCGCGCUAGCGGCGAGGCCGCCGAUUUUCUCAGCAACCACAGCGUGGUCGAGGGAGCGAGGAAUGUUAUUAGGGUUUGUAGGGAGUGCGGGGUUCAAAAGUUGGUGUACACGGGGAGCGCGGAUGUGGUGUUUGAUGGAAGGGGCGAUUUAGUUGAUGCAGAUGAAUCAUUGCCUUAUCCUGAGAAAUUUAUGGAUGUUAUGGAUGAUCUUAGAGCUCAAGUGGAGAUGAUGGUUUUGGAUGCUAAUGGUAGAGAUGGGCUCUCAACCUGUGUGUUGCGUGUUAGCAAUCCAUUUGGACCGGGUGAUGAUUGUUUUGUGCCAUUUCUUAUUGCCAAAGCAAAAUCAGCAUGGGCGAAGUUUAUAAUUGGAAGUGGUAAAAAUUUGUGCAACUUUACCUAUGUGGAGAAUGUAGCCCAUGCUAAUAUCUGUGCUGAGCAAGUCCUAUGUUCAGAAGCAGCUUCAGUUGCUGGAAAGCCAUUUUUCAUUACAGACCAUGAAAAGGUGAAGUUUUGGGAUUUCAAUUCUAACAUAUUGGAAGGUUUGGGAUAUCAAAGGCCUAAGAUUCAUCUUCCAGCCAAGCUUGUUUUGCUGCUUAUUGUGCUAGUUAAAGGGGCUGGUCAGAAAUCGUUGUCUAGAUCAUACAGUCCUCUGCUUACUCCUGCUAUGGUGCAUGUUGUAUCAUGUACAAAGACUUUUGAUUCUUCUAAAGCUCAAAGGCUUAUUGGAUACUCGCCUGUCACUUCUUUAGAGGAUGGUAUUUCAGUUACUGUAGAAUCAUUCUCACAAUUAGCGAAUGGAUUGCCCUAUUUAAGACAGAAAGACUUUUCCCAACCAUCAAAAGCAGAAUUGUUGCUAGGCAGUGGCAAAGUUGCCGAUAUUUUGCUAUGGCGAGAUGAAAAGAGAACAUUCACAUGCUUACUGGGAUUAUUUCUGUUGUUUCACUGGUUUCUGCUCUCUGGGAGAACAUUUAUAUCAUCAACUGCCAAACUCCUAUUGCUGCUCUCAUCCAUUCUUUUCAGCCAUGGUGUUCUUCCUUGUUCAAUGUUUGGUUUUUCUAUCGAGAAGAUGCCCUCGUCUUACUUUGAGGUCUCAGAAUCAGUUGUGAGGCACUCGCUUAACACCAUAGCAUCUAUCUGGAACAAUGGUUUAUCUUUAUUGAAGUCAGUAUCUGAAGGAGGCAAUUGGAAUAUCUUCAUAAAGGUGAUUGGUUCUUUGUAUUUGGUCAAACUGCUGUUGCCAUUCUCCUUCUCAGUAUUGAUUGCUAUUGGCGUUAUUUGCUUGUUCUCCUUCUUCAUAAUAUAUGAACAAUGUGAAGAAGAAGUUGAGAAACUGGUUACAAUUUCUGCAUCUGGAUUGAAGAAGUCAAAGGAAUUCUUGAGCACUAAGUUGUCAAGUUUCCUAGCUACCUAUGUUCAUAAGAGUGAAAAAGUUCAGUGAGAAUGGCAAAGGUGGACCUACAACUCAGAAUAUAUAGUUUGAAGCAUCAAGAUGUAUAGAUCACAAAGGCUUUGGUAGCAGAUAUAACUCAAAUGUCGUCAGCAUUCUCAGCUAUGAGCUGUUCCUUGCUGUGAGCGGAGAUUGACAACUGCCAACUGCCAUGUAUGAUGCCUAAAAGUACCCUGAAAUCUUGGAAUUUGAUUAUGAACAUUGUGGUUUGCUUUUAUGCUCAGAAUAAAUUUUGUUGGGAUGAGAAGAAAAGGCGAUACAAAGAACGACAUAAAAAGAUUAAUAACCAGUGGUAUUGAUAGUUUUAAUGACUUGAAGCAGUAUCAUGGGAGUAGCAGGUAUAUUAAAGACAUUACUCUUGCAAACUAGCACUGUAUAUCUAUGUGCAAUUCAAGCUACAUAGUAAUUGCUCACAAAGUGGUCAACAUGUUCAGUGGAGAAAAAUGUCCUUAAUAUUAAGGGGGAUUUCUCUUGCAUU